GCCCCUAUGUGCCACCCCGCCGCGCCACAGCUAUGACCCUGAGCACGGAGAUGUCCGAUGCCUGCGGCCUCGCCGAGGAGACAGACAUCGACGUGGUGGGGGAGGGAGAGGACGACGACGACGAGGAAGAGGAGGACGACGACGAGGGCGGCGGCGGCGGGCCCCGGCUGGCCGUGCCCGCGCGGCGGCGGCGGCAGCGGCGGCGGCGGCGCUCGUACGCAGGCGAGGACGAGCUGGAGGACCUGGAGGACGACGACGACGACGACGACAUCCUGCUGGCCCCGCGCGCGGAGGGCUCUCCGGCGCCCCCGGGCCCGGCCCCGGCGGCGGGGCCCGGGGCCGGAGGGGGCGGUGGCGGCGGCGGCGGCGCGGGCGCGGGCCCGGGCGCUGGGGGCGGCGGCGGCGGCGGCGGCGGCGGCGGCGUGGGCGCGGGCGCGGGGGGCGCGGGCGGCGGCGCCAAGAACCCGCUGGUGAAGCCGCCCUACUCGUACAUCGCGCUCAUCACCAUGGCCAUCCUGCAGAGCCCCAAGAAGCGGCUGACGCUGAGCGAGAUCUGCGAGUUUAUCAGCGGCCGUUUCCCCUACUACCGGGAGAAGUUCCCCGCCUGGCAGAACAGCAUCCGCCACAACCUCUCGCUCAACGACUGCUUCGUCAAGAUCCCCCGCGAGCCGGGCAACCCGGGCAAGGGCAACUACUGGACGCUCGACCCCGAGUCGGCCGACAUGUUCGACAACGGCAGCUUCCUGCGCCGGAGGAAGCGCUUCAAGCGCCAGCCGCUGCUCGCGCCCAGCGCGGCCGCCGCCGCGGAGUCGCUGCUGCUGCGUGGCGCGGGGGCCGGGGGCGGCGCGGGCGACCCCACCGCCGCGGCUGCAGCCGCCGCCGCCGCCGCUGCCGCCGCCGCUGCGCUCUUCCCGCCCGCGCCGCCGCCGCCGCCGCACGCCUACGGCUACGGCCCCUAUGGCUGCGGCUACGGCCUGCAGCUGCCGCCCUACGCGCCACCCUCGGCGAUCUUCGCCGCCGCCGCCGCCUUCCACCCGCACUCGCCCCCGCCGCCGCCGCCCCCGCCGCCGCCGCCGCCGCCCCCGCCGCACGGCGCGGCCGCCGAACUGGCCCGGACCGCCUUCGGCUACCGGCCGCACCCGCUCGGCGCCGCGCUGCCCGGCCCCCUGCAGGCCUCGGCGGCCAAGGCCGGCGGCCCGGGCGCCUCGGCUCUGGCGCGCUCGCCCUUCUCCAUCGAGAGCAUCAUCGGGGGCAGCCUGGGCCCGGCCGCCGCCGCUGCCGCCGCGGCUGCCGCUGCCGCCGCCGCGCAGGCCUCGCCCUCGGCCUCGCCGGCCGCGCCGCCCGCACCCGCACCCGCACCCGCGCUCGCGUCCGGCUCCGGGUCCGGCGGCGGCGGCGGCGGCGGCUGCGCGGCGCAGGCGGCUGCGGGCCCGGCCGCCGCGCUCACCCGCUCGCUCGUGGCGGCCGCCGCCGCCGCCGCCUCCUCCGUCUCCUCGUCGGCCGCGCUGGGGACUCUGCACCAAGGGACUGCCCUGUCCAGUGUGGAGAACUUUACUGCUAGGAUUUCAAAUUGUUAAUAACGCUGUUAGCGCGCUUGAGAACAGCAGCACGGAUGCACUCAGCAGCUGCUUCAUGUAAAGAUCCACCCAGCGAGGCCUCCAGCGACGGCCUUGGGAGACCUGAGGCCUCAGUCCACCAAGCGGCGAGGAACGAAAUCCUGCCAACAAGCAGGCGAAUGAGUGAGGGAUGGAUCCUGUCUACUGAGCCUCAGAGUCAGGUGAGAGAAGACAGCAGGAAACCCAGGGUCCAGUUUGAGGCACCAAGAAAGAUAAGGUGUCAUUUUGAAAACGGCCCCUAUCCAGAGCAACAUGAAUUUUAUUAAAAUUGAACAAACAUGAAAUUGAUGGCAAAGCUUGGGUGGAAGAAUGGGGCAAUCAUUGAUGCUUUAUAAAAAGUUUAUGGAGACAGUGUCCAAAGGAAAUCAGCAGUUUACAAAUGAGCAACUCAUUUUAGAAAGGGAUGAGAUGAAGUUAAAGAUGAAGCCUGUGGCAGCUGACCAUCGCAUCAACCUUGCUCAAGUCCUCAUCGAAGAUGACCGAUGAUCAACUGCUGACAUCUCUGUUGGUUCCGCUUACACAGCUCUGACCGAAAACUUGAAGUGGAGUAAAUUCUGCUCAAUGGCUGCCAAAACUGUUGCACCCAAAUCAGCUGGAGACAAGAAUGAAGACUUCAAUGGAAAUUUUACACAAGUGGAAUGCAGUUCCUGGAGCAUUUCUUCCAAGAUUUGAUAACAGGAGAUGAAACAUGGCUUUACCAGUAUGACCCUGAAGACAAGACACAAUCAAAGCAAUGGCUACCAAGAGGAGGAAGUUGUGCACAGAUCGAAAGUGGGCUGGUCAAGAGCAAAGGUCAUGGCAACAGUUUUUUUUUUUUUCUCUGAAUACUCAACUUAUUUUGCUCGUUGACUCUGUUGGGCCAGAGAAUGACCACAUCUGCCUAUUAGGAGAGUGUUUUGACAAAAUCAGUCAAAGUCACAGCAGAAAAAGUAACCAGGACAGCCUUUCCAGGGGGUCCUGUUCCAUCAUGAGAAUGCUUCUCUUCACUCGUUGUAGCAAACAAGGGAAAUUUUGUAAAAGUUUUGUUGGGAAAUCAUUAGUAAUUCACCUUCUAGUGUUGAUUUGUCUUCUUAUGGCUUAUUUUUGUUUCAUAAUCUUAAAACCUCCCCAAAGGACACUCAUUUUAUUCCACCAAUGAUGUAAAAAUGUUGAAUUGAUAUAGUUAAGUUCCCAGGAUGCUCCAUUCCUUAAGGAAGGACUAGAUGGCUGCUGUCAUUUCUUAUAAAAGUGUCUUCAACUUGA